AUGUCGGCGUACCGCCCCAAGAGACAGAUGCAAAGCGCUGUCAAUGCGCCUGUUGUUAUGCACGUGAAAGGAGUAAAGGCUAUCGAAAAGGCGCGGGCCGAGGCUUUGUUGACCAAGUUUAUUUCCACUUCAGAAGCCAUCUCAUCGGCGAUAGUGGGAUCCGAAGAUCCCAUUUUGUUUACAAACACGGGAAUGGCGAGCGGUGAAGGAAGCAAUCCCGUUUUGGGCCAGUUGAAACGUGUGCAAAGAGACUUACGUGGAUUACCACCGCUUCUGUCUGAGCUCGACACUAAGAAGGAGGAGCCCGUGAGAAAGAAGAUAAAGUUUGACGACGAAGGAAAUGAGGAAGGGGAUGCGAAAGAGGAAGCACAAGAUGAAGAAAUGGAAGAAGAGGAAGAGGAGGAGGAGAAGGAGGAUGAGGAAGAGGAAGAGGAACAGAAGGAAGAGGCAGACGAGGACGAAGAGGAUGAAAUCAAAGAGCAGGAAGAGGAUGAAGAGAAAGAACAGACGGAUGACGAGGAAGAACAAGAACAGAAAGUGACUGAAAAGAAGGACAAGAAACACAAGAAAGAUAAGAGGGACAAGAAGGAGAAGAAAGACAAGAAAGACAAGAAGGACAAGAAGGAGAAGAAACACAAAAAGGAUAAGAAGGACUAA